AUGAACCCUUCCAGAAUCAAGUCUCGCAAGUCCGCAUUCUCGACAAGAGACUCUCAGGCCAUCGCGGCUCCGGAUGAAGGCGCGGACGUCGGAGAUCUCUAUGAAGACUCUUCGCUGGCGUCUUUGAGAUCCAGCAUCCUGGAGCAUCAAGUGGAGAAUGGACGUACCUAUCACUCCAUGAGCGCUGGAAAGUACAACUUUCCCAAUGACGAGGUGAGAGACGCUGAUUUUCAACAUCGUCUCUGGUUGAUGUCCUCGGAUGAAGAGCUCGCACUUGCCCCUGGCCACAAGACGGCGAAACGUGUCCUGGAUGUUGGGACUGGAACUGGUAUUUGGGCUAUCGACUUUGCGGAUGCCUUUCCCGAUGCCGAGGUCGUUGGUGUUGAUCUGAGCCCUAUUCAACCUGAUUGGGCGCCUCCCAACUGCUUCUUUGAGAUCGACGAUUUGGAGAAACCUUGGACUUGGUCCCGGCCUUUUGACUACAUUCACUGCCGAUCCAUGGAAGCAUGUUUUGAGGACCCCAAAAAGUUCCUCAAGAGAGCCUACAAAGCCCUUUCACCUGGUGGCUGGCUUGAAGUAUGCGCACUCGUUUUCCCUCUGGGCUGCGACGAUGGCACCGUCCCCGAGGACGCCCCUAUCCGUAAAUGGCAGGACCUCCUUGUCGAAGCGGCCGAGAAGAUGGGCCGGUCGAUGGAAGCCUUGGAGCACCAGGCCUCAGACAAGAAGGCGAUGGGAGAGAUUGGGUUCACCAAUAUGACGAGUCAAGAUUUCAUCUGGCCCCUCAACUCGUGGCCCAAGGACGAGAAGCUCAAGGAGAUCGGCAGGUGGCAAUUCGUGAACCUCGACACCGGGCUUGAAGGACUCUCCAUGGGCCUGCUGACCCGCGUCUUGGGCUGGACCAAGGAAGAGGUUCAAGUGUUGUGUGCGAACGUGCGAAAGGAUCUGAAGAACAAGAGCAUGCACUCUUAUUGGAGGAUUCGGGUGAUUUGCGCCCAGAAGCCUGAGAACGUAGAGGAGGCCGCGCCCAGUUCGCAGCUCACUCCGGGGAAGAGUAAUGCCGCCUCGCCGGCCCCGGAAUUCGGCAUCCCCGAUCUGAGAUCCCGAGCCCGCAAGGUAAAAUGCGACGAGGCCAAGCCGAGAUGCAUGCGCUGCACAUCAUCAGGACGGCAGUGCGCCGGCUACGAGCCGACUAUCGAACACGGUCUGGCGUGGUAUCGCCCACAGCAGCUCACCGCCCACGACCAGCGUGAGGGCCGGGCAUUCCAGUUCUUCUCUCACAUGGUCGGCCCCGUGCUGUCGGGCCCGACGGACUCUUACUUCUGGACGCACCUGGUCGUACAGUUCAGCCACUUCGAACCCGCCGUCAGACACGCCGUCCUGGCCAUCAGCUCGCUGUACGAGGACUUCCAUGGGGGUCAGCGGGUAACGCGGCAGAAGGAGGGGAACGCCUUCGCCAUCCGGCACUACAGCGCCGCCAUUGAACGCAUCAAGGGCGCCCAGGACGAGCAGCUCGUGCUUCUUGUGUGCAUUCUUUUCGUUUGCGUGGAAUACUUGCAAGGUGACGUCGAGGCGGCGUUGAGGCAUUGCAAGCAUGGUAUUCUCAUUCUCAACAAAGUCGGGUGCUCGUCGUGGGCGAGGCAGUACCUGAUGCCAAUCUUCCGGCGGCUGAGCUUCAUAUCCUUCUUCCUCGGCGCGAAACCGUCCGACGACGCCCUCGUGCCGGGCCUGAUCGGCUACCACGACCCGAUGCCCCCUCGCUUCGCCAGCGUGGACGAGGCCCAGAACGCGAUCGACGACAUCACGGUGCACGCGAUCGAGCUGGUGGCCAAGGGCGACGACACGGGGACGCAGCCGCUCGAGACGAGGCUGCAGGAGUUCUACGGCAAGAUCUGCGAGCUGGACGCGACGAUCCCGCCGCAGGAGUCGUCCAAGAAGAUCGCCAUCUGCGGGAUGAAGAUGAAGACGGAGAUGGCGAGGAUACAGGUCAACACGAUCCACGGGGAGGGGGAGAUGCGGUUCGACGAGUGGGCCGAGAGCUUCCGCACGAUCGUGAGGCUCGCGAGGCGCGCGGCAGAUCUGAAGGCGGCGUUCCCGGACGAGAGGCCCCGGGCGAGCUUCACGUUCGAGCAGGGGUUCCUGUCGAUGCUGGGGUUCGUGUCUAUCAAGUGCAGAGACCUGCAGACGCGGCUGGAGGCGCUGGAGCUGAUGGCCAAGAUCCCCGCGCCGAAGGAAGGGUUGCUGGAUGUUGGCACGCUAUAUCGAGUCGGCCGUCGCGAGGCCGAGAUCGAGCACGGGGUGUCGUUGGAUGAUGGCACGUUGGAAAGGAAUCAGGCGGCGAUGGCUGAGCUUUCUUUUCCGCCGGAGGAGAAGAGGCUUCUCGGCGCACCGAUAGAGCAUGAGCUUGACGUUAUUAAGAAUGAGGAUGGCACGACUAUGUAUCGACGAACGGUGCAUUUCGUAUCGAAAGAUGCGGAGGGAAAGGUGAAGAAGCAGACGGAGUAUCUUCUCGACCGGAAACCUGGUCAAUUAUUGGCACCUGAUGUGCCAUGUAUGAGGUGUUCCAAACCUUUACUGGAGUUUGCAUAG